AUGGCAGACUUUGAUGCCUCCCAAAAUCGCGGUAUUUCAAUGAUAAACUACACCUCUACCUCUACCUUCUUCAUUGCCAGGUGGAGUAACGUGCGACUUAAGCAUUGUUCUGAACGUGAGUUUGGAAUCUUUUAUCUACUUCCUGAUUUUCCAGUCGGCGAAUUCUCGUUUUCUGUGUGUCUCUUCGAAAACGGAAGCAUUGUUUUUGCUUAUGAUAAGGUGAGAUUCGAGUAUGUUAGAUUAAUGUAG